AUGCAUUCUCCCAUUGAGCGCGCUGAGUGGGGUAUCUGGGGUACGUGGUCAUCGUGUAGCGCCUCAUGUGGAGGAGGUCUAAGCACUCGCGUUCGUGGAUGUUAUGGCGGCAAUCGACUCUGCCCAGGGUCCUCCCUCCAGACACAACACUGCAAUACACAGGAAUGUCCUACACGUCGAGCAAUGUGUACAGGACGAAUAAAACUUCCAUGUGAUCUUGCAGAUUACAUUUCCUUCGGACAAGAUCCUGAACGAAAUGCUGGUGAGGAUUUUUUGAUCUUAUACUUGAACCACAACAUGUCAUUAAAUACUAAAUCAAUAUUUUAUUGAUU